CGACGCCACCGCGGCGGCUCGAGGCGCGUCUGAGCGCUGGUCACCGGAUGGUUCGCAUUCUCUCGGGGUGCUGAACGUUACCGAAUGUCACCGGAAGCCGACCAUGACACGACCUGAAAGAGGAGAGGCGCUGAAUAUAACACGUCAAGGUCUAAAAUUAGUUAGGUUCGGUGCCCUACACGCAUGACGCGCACGACGGCUCAACUUGACCGCGUCCCUUCCCCGCAGUGGGUGGUGGGAUUCACGGCCAUGGAAACGUCCACUACAACUCUCAUGUUGUCUCUCUUGACGACACGCGGUAUUUUUAGCCGUGGCGGUCACCGUCCCCCUCUCAACAGCCGCCACACUUCAAUAUAAAGCAGCCGGGCACCAUGCGGCAGUACAGCAGCGGUCUGACGCAUUACCCGCGCGCAUCCAGCAAAGUCUUCAUAACUUUACGACGCGGAUCGGAGCUGUUGAACGAGACGACUAGUUCAGAGAAUAAGGGAACCGACACACAGCACGGGACCCCUCCAUCUUCGACGACCUGUAACGGUAAAACCGGGGAUAAACUAUACACAGCGCAGUCGCCACCUUCCGUAAGAGACAUGCCCGCGUUCUCCUACUACGAGGCUGUGCCGGUACAUCCGGUCCGCUUCACCACCACGGCGGAAGUCAUCGUCCGGCGCUCCGGUGAGAGGUCGGUACCGAUCCACAUCACCACAGAGAACAGGAGGAAGAGCCAGUCUCCGGUACCUGGGUCUCCGGACUGGGAGGCUUCACACCUCACCGAGCCUGACACAAACAGGAUUCUCUCGAGUCUCUUUGAACAUCUGAGCAACGGAACCGAACUCUUCCCCUCGGAGUCGGACGGUCCAUCCGGACUUGGAAAUGGUCUUUUCAGUAGCUCCGACGGGACGAACGGAAUCGAUACCGGUAGGGGCCGAGAAGAGCGGGACAGAGAAACGGCGCGAAAUCCAAACGAAUCAAGAAUCAUUGUACCGCCACUGGACGUGGGACCCAUCACAGGUGACUGUUUGGUGAUAUCAUCCACAACCCCAGAGGAGAACGGGGAGGAGCCCAUCCUUCUGAAGGAGUCCAGCAGAGACUCGGAGGACCGGGGAAUCCAGUCCCCGGUCCAUGAAGCCCCCCUCCCCCUGGGUCUGCGGGACCAGGUGAGCCGGUACCUGGCGGAAGUGGAGGAGCAGAACGCCUACCUCCGCGAGAGGAACAAGUUUCGCUUUCAGGUCAUCCCAGACGGGAACUGUCUGUAUCGUGCGGUGUGUCGCGCGACCUCCGGCGACCAGUCGGGACACUUGGAGCUGCGCGAGCGCACCAUCCACCACAUCGCAGACCACCUCGAGCAGUUUAGUCACGUGAUUGAGGGUGACGUAGGCGAGUUCCUCAUCAGCGCGUCGCAGGACGGCGCCUGGGCCGGAUAUCCGGAGCUGCUGGCCAUGAGCCAGAUGCUACAAGUGCACGUUCACCUGACCACGGGGGGUGGCGCGCGCAGUCCCACAGUCUCCACAAUGGUGCACUACCUGGGCGGUGACGAGCACGAGAGCGAGUGCACGCCCCCGCGACCAGACGACAUCUGGCUCAGCUGGCUCAGCAACGGACACUAUGACGUCAUACUGGACCAGAGUGACGUCCCAAACCCGGAAUAUGAGGACUGGUGCAUGCAAGCGCAGGCGCAGAGGAGGCGGGACGAGGAGUUGGCGCGCGCCAUGGCCGCCUCUCUCUCCCGAAUGUACCUGGAGCAGAAUGGAAAGUGACGCAAUAGACUGAAGUUGAACCUAUGAUGCACUGCAACUUGCACUUUCUGUUUCUAACUUGUUUUUAUGGGAUUUAAAUUAUUUUUCUAAUAAGUUUUUGUACUACUAGAACGAAGUGCAGUGCACCUGGUGUUCCCUCUGUCGCUCAGGCGUGCAGAUGUUUUUAUAAAGUUAGUUUUUGUGACGAUUAAGAUUAUUUUUUUGUGUUUGUUAUUUCGUAUCUUGACUUUAUUUUCAUGUAUUCCUACAUAAAGUCUGAUUUUCGCUUGUGACCUGGUUGUUGCCUGUUCAUUAUCCUGCUCCUUUUCACUCAUUAAAAUCUUAAAGGAUUUGAGGUUAUAGUAAUACAUUUAAGUGUCGACAUAUAACUUCUCAUAUCGGCCGACUAAAAACAUGAUGCACCAGGAUUGAAUUGCAUAGGAUUGCAUUACUUCUAAACGCAUGAUCGCUAGUUUCAAUAGCCUUUUAUUUUUAGUAAUAGAAGAAUCAUAAGAAGUCACUUCAGCUUCUUUGUUCAUAAAUGAUAAUCAAAAACCAACAAAUAAAUCUUCACAAAGUCCACCAUCACUUCACUCCUCUUGAGGCAGUAAUUGUGUCGUAUUGGCCACCAGACGGCGCAAGAAGCUUCCUGUACACCUGAAGUGGCCAUCAAUCUCACAAGGCCGUAAGUGAAAAGACAGGUGAAAUAUCAGACAAUAAGGUAAUGAACUAAUAAUGUCAAUCAUUUAUAGGUGUUAACACGCUGCUCGCUGCCUAUCUGUGAACUAAAUGUUGAGACUAAGCAUUUGGAAUGGAUAAUACCUCCUAUGGAAUCGACAGUGAUGCAGUCACUAAAUUAACCUAAUUGUUAAGGUAUCCUUUAUUGUCCCUUAUGAUGGAAAUUCUUUCUCUGCUUUUGACCCAUCCGGGAGCCGGUGAACACACGCACACCGGCACACCCAGAGCAGUGGGCAGCUGCAGCGCCCGGGAGCAGGUUGGGGUUUCAGGUGCCUGGCUCGAGGGCCCCUCAUCCGUGGUUGAGGAUGUAGGAGAGUGCUGCACUACUAUACACUCUGGACUUACGAGUCAAACUCUGGACUUACGAGGUAUCUGGAACACACCCAGGCUGUGAGCUUAACCAAGCAAUGUACAAGGAAAUAAAAUGAAGUAGUGCAGGCUUCGUGUCAAAAAAAGUUGAACCUCUACCUGCCUCAUAAUGAGCUGUUUUUGUACUGUCUAACAAUCCCUGCUCCUUAAGACUUAAUUGUCUGUCACCGGUAGAGGACUGUGGGGUCGACUGUGAAACUAUCAAAAGUCAAGUCGGUGAAUUUUGUGUGGGAGGAAAAAGCCCUCCCCUCUUCAAUUACAUUAAUAAUGUGAACAACUCCCAUGUUUAAGCAUAUUACCAUAUUGACAAGAGACACCGUGUGGGAUCAAACCAACGUUUUUACUGCUGCUAGGGGGAACUUUUCUCAGCUACAACACAACACCCCUAUAAACUAUCUAUGUCGAUACCACCACUUUACACACAUUAUUAUCCCAGAGAAAAGAACAAGUCCCUGUUUGUCUGACAUACACACACGUGGGUCAGGGUGAUCAACUGCUACGUAUGGAUGAAGAGUCCCUGAAACUGGGACAUUUAAUUGAGAUCUAUUACAGCUAUCCCAAAAUAUCAACAUCCGUGGUGCUCUGUAAUUGCGCCUCAAUAUAAGUGACAUGUAAAUAGGCGGUUGGAGACACUAUGCCCCUGUGUGGCACAGGCAAGCCAUUGCGCCUGGAAAUGGAAUAGGUGUAAACCAUUCUAUGUCUUGAAGUUUAUUCAGUGAACACAUUUCAAUUUGCAACCGGUCGAUGAGAUUAAAGUACAGCACUGAAGGAGAACCAACAGCUUUUGACCAACAAUAUAACUUUUUGUGUGUGUUUGAUAGCCAUAUCUGGUACUCGAGAUACAGAAUUGAGA